CCGCCGGGCCGGGGAACGAGUCGCCCGGGGACAGGAGACACAGCCCAAUCGCUGCCUCUGCCCAAAGAUUCCGGACACUCACCAAACCCCGCACCAUGCAGUCCCUCGCGAGACCUCGGUCGCUCGAGCCUCUCUCUCCCCUCGCCGUCCACCUCCAGUCCAUGGCGUACGUGAACGUGACGAUGCGGUGGAAGAAGGACUCCUCGUUCGAUGCCGUCCCUGAGCUCUCCCACGCGCGCGACAUCCGCCCGCUCGUCUCCCUCACGCGCAUCCUCUCCCCGUUGCCCACCCCCGUAUCUGCGGUCUCCAAGCUCGGCCCCUUGCUCGAGACCCCCGACCGCCGGGUCACCGCUUUCCUCCGCCGCUUCCCCGCCGCCUUCGUCGAGUCCGUGGGGCAGCACAACAUCCCCUGGUUCCGGCUCUCUGAUGCCGCCGCCCGACUCCUGCGGGAGGAGCGGGACGUCUUCGCCGCCCGCCGUGCCGAUGUCUGUGGCCGCCUGCGCCGCGUCGUCCUGAUGUGCCCGCGACGCCGCCUCCCGCUCCGCGUCGCGCAGGGCAUGCUCUGGCAUCUUGGCAUCCCGGAGGACUACUUUAAGGACCUGGAUCACGACAUUGCACAGGAUGGAUUCAGGAUUGUAAUUUCAGGAGAUGAUGACGAUGGGAGGGAAUUGGGGCUAAUUGACGAUGGCAAGGAUGAAGAAAUGCCUCUGUCAGUUCUCCAGCUGAAUGCUAUGAGGAAGUUGGGGUCAGUGGAAGAGGUGUCUGUCCCGCUCUUCCCGUCAAAGGGUCUUCGGUUGAAGCAAAAGAUUAAGGACUGGUUGGAACGGUUCCAGAGGCUCCCUUAUGUAUCUCCAUAUGAGGAUUUCAGCCACAUCAAUCGUGGCAGUGAUGUUUCAGAGAAGCGGGCAGUCGGGGUGCUCCAUGAACUGCUUAGUCUGUUUGUGACAUGCUCUGCUGAGAGGCGGAGAUUACGCUGCCUCCGGCAGCACCUGGGGCUACCACAGAAAUUCCAUCUUGUGUUUGAGCGGCACCCACAUGUGUUCUACUUGUUGUUAAAGGAGAAGACAUGCUUUGUUGUCCUCAAAGAGGCGUACAUGGCUGGGGAAGACACUGCAAUUGAGGAGCACCCCCUGUUGGAAGUGCGUAAGAAGUAUGUUGAGUUGAUGGAGCAGUCACGGGAAAUCAUAAGGUGCCGGCGGAGCGGGAAGCCUAUUGAACUGGAGUCCAGGGUAUGUGGGGAUAACUGAGAAGAAGGAUGGGAAAUCAUGUGCAAAUAUGACCUCUACAGCAAGAAUGAGGAUAUCUACUCUUGAUAGGAGCCAGUUUAUUGCUCAUUUUCUGCAGAGAAAUACAUUGAGUGCUGAAACAGCGUGUGCAGGAAGUUACUGGGCUUUCUCUGCAGUAAGCAUAGUAGAAAGCAUUAACCACAUUGUUACUGGUAUGAGAAGGAGCUUGUAGAGUGCUCACUGAUGGAGGGAACAGUGGCUGCCAUGGUGCGCUAAUGGAUGCUGCAUUUGACUUUAUCAUAAAGAAUGGAGGCAUUAAUAUUGAAGAUGACUACCCUUACAGAGCCGUGGAUGGAAAGUGCGAUAUCAACAGGGUACAUUGUCUAACCCCAUCUUCAUAUGGUUCCCUCCUUUGAUGCGGUUGGUUGUUAACUCACAUUCAGAUUUGUACAUUGGUUACUGAGAAAAAUGCCAAGGUUGUGAGCAUUGAUGGCUUUGCUGGCUCCUUUUGGAGUGUGGUUGCCAACUGUCGUUGGUUAUCAAUCUUGCUCAAUCAAUGAAAGCAAAUUUAAUUGCUGGUGAAUCUAUACUAGGCCAGCUCAUGGUUUGGAAAACAUCUCGUACAGUUUGUCGAAUAUUUUGAUGAACAUGAAGAGGUCCAAGAUGAAGAUUACUCCAACAUUACUGCCAGAGGUCAUUGGAAACUUUUAAGCACACCUUUGGCUAUGCUUAAAUGUUUGUGCUUUUGGAUGGAUUAUCUCAGCUCUGUAAUGAUGUAUCCUCUGCUAUCCAUUUUCUCCACAUGCAUAGUUCCAUACAUGUUUAUGAAAUAAAGUGAAAUCUUAUCCCAGUAUUUCUGUAUUGUUUGUGAUUCCAAUUUAUUCCUAGAAUCACAGAGAAAAACACUAUACAAGGUGGAAAGCAAGCUGCCACUAACCUGUGUUUCCUGCAGCUUACUGAUAAUAUAUUCCACACCCUACGCAAGUCAAAACCGAGUAGAAAAAAUACUGAGCAGUACUGAACAACGUUCAGUAUCAUCCACUCGUACACCUAGGACCACGAAAUACUGAACAAUACUGAAACACGAGUACUGAACAAUACUGAAUUCUGUUCAGUAUAACAGUUACUGCUCCGAAACAUAUGUUCUUACACAUGUUAUUUUUCUGAUAGGCAAAAUGAGCUUGAAUAGACCUUUUUUAAAAAAAAUUGUCAGUCACUUGCUGGAGAUUGUCAUGUUUCAGAGUAUGAAAAGAAAUUAUUUCUCUCUUCUACAUUUCCCCCCUGGGAGGUGGGUUGUUUCCUUAGUGCCAUGAUCCAGUUGCAUGGCAGAUAUUCUUGUCACAUGAAGUCUCUCUCUGUUACUGCUCUAAAAAAUAUUCUGAGAUUGCCAUACUUUGGUUUAUGCAAUAAAUUGACAUAUGUGGAAUAGCACUUUGGUAGUUUUGAAACAUCAAUUACACUUGGGAUUUGGCCUUCAGUGUUCAGUAUUCGGGAAUAGGAUGAAUAUACUGGUGAUGCGCAAUCGGUGGUUCCCUGGGUGAACUCGAAAUAAUGCUGAGAAGUGAUUAGAGGAAUCAUUGAUGAAUUUGCUCACCAUGCAGAAUGUGGAUCUUCAUUGAAUUUGUCCUGCCAUAGCAGAAAAUCACGGCCGUGCCUAUCUUUCAGAUCGAAGUUCAGAAAUCAGGGCCGUAAAAGACAAAUAUGGCUGAAUGGUUCUCGGUGUUUUGAGUUAGGGAAGGAAUCCUAGAUUGCAUUUUUAUUUUAUGCAAAUCCUAGAUUGCAUUUUUAUUCUGGGAAAGAUACGAUCUUUGUUACUCCGAAUGAUUAUCAGGAUCGAGUGAGAACUAUGCACUGAUUCUUGGCAUUGUCCAAAUAUAGCAAAUGAUUGUUUA